CACCCUGAUGCACAUUUUAUUCCUGAAUGUAUACAGUAACAGCGAUGCUACGCGGAUACGCCAGAGAAAGCUACGGCUCCGAUGGGUUUCUAAGGAUUUCCAAACCUUUUCUCGUUUUAUUUGCUUAAUCUAAAAGUGCUUUAUUAAGGUGUCUUCUGUAUAACCUCAUUAAUUAUUACUCUCUGGGUCUGUGUGUCUUGUGUGUCUUGUGCUUUAGUUUAAGCGUAUGGAUCCGUCUAGCUUGUGUGCUAGAAGGUGCGGUAAGUGUAGGUAUGUGUUUGUGUAUGCUGUUUCUCAAUCUGACUCACUGAGUUGUUGUUUAAAAGGCAUUUCAAUUGAACCUAAAUGUCCAGUUACCUGUGAUGACGCUUUGUACACAGCCGCUGAUGCUUUCAAAGGUACGUACCAAUAUUAGUCAUCUAAGUCCCAGCCGAACGCGUUAAACACCGGGUAGGUGUUUGACGAGUUUCUGUUCUUGUUGAUCUCGAGCGAAAUGCCGAGUUUGCCGCAAACGAUUCGGCUUUUGGACGAGCCACCUUUUGAGUGCAGUGCUUGGUUUUUUGAGAACUUUCUCAGUCGUGUUGUUCUUUGUCUCCCUGCAGGACUCGUCUGAUGCAGAGCUUCAAAGAGUCACAUUCCCAUGAAUCCCUGCUGUCUCCCAGUAGUGCGGCCGAAGCACUGGACCUCACGCUGGACGAGGACGCCAUCAUCAAACCGGUUCACUCCAGCAUUUUAGGGCAGGAGUACUGCUUUGAGGUGACGACUGCUUCGGGAACAAAGUGUUUCGCCUGUCGGUCGGCUGCAGAAAGAGACAAAUGGAUCGAGAAUUUACAGAGAGCUGUGAAGCCCAACAAAGACAACAGCCGGAGGGUGGACAACGUCUUGAAGCUCUGGAUCAUCGAGGCCCGGGAGCUGCCGCCCAAAAAACGCUACUACUGUGAACUGUGUUUGGACGACAUGCUGUACGCACGCACCACCAGCAAACCCCGCACCGACACUGUCUUCUGGGGUGAGCACUUCGAGUUCAACAACCUCCCGGCUGUCCGCAACCUCCGGCUUCAUCUCUACAAAGAGACGGACAAGAAAAGACGCAAGGAGAAAAGCACAUAUCUAGGACUGGUCAGCAUCCCCAUAUCCAGCAUCACAGGUCGACAGUUUGUAGAGCAAUGGUACCCCGUGAUUCAGCCCAGUGUCCUGGCCAAAGGAGGGGGUGUAGGAGGGGGUAAAAUCAUCAACGCCUCUUUGCGACUCAAGUCUCGCUACCAGACCAUGAGCAUCCUGCCAAUGGAACUGUACAAAGAGUUUGCCGAGUACGUCACCAACAACUACCGGACGCUGUGUGCCGUCUUAGAGCCUCUACUGAGUGUCAAAAGCAAAGAGGAGGUAGCCUGUGCACUGGUGCACAUCCUACAAAGCACAGGGAAGGCAAAGGACUUUCUUUCAGACAUGGCGAUGUGUGAGGUAGACCGAUUCAUUGACCGAGAGCAUCUUAUCUUCCGUGAGAACACCUUAGCCACCAAAGCUAUAGAAGAGUACCUCAAACUCAUCGGACAUAAGUACCUCAAGGAUGCUUUAGGUGACUUCAUCCGAGCGCUGUAUGAGUCAGAGGAGAACUGUGAGGUUGAUCCCAUGAGGACUCCACCUUCCGUUCUACUGGACCAUCAGGCGAAUCUACGCAUGUGUUGUGAGCUUGCUCUCUGCAAAAUCGUCAACUCACAUUGCGUUUUUCCACGUGAGCUGAAGGAGGUCUUUGCGUCUUGGCGAGUACGCUGUGCGGAGAGGGGGAGGGAGGACAUAGCUGACCGCCUGAUCAGUGGCUCCCUCUUCCUGCGCUUCCUUUGUCCAGCCGUCAUGUCCCCAUCGCUGUUCAACCUCACCCAGGAAUACCCAGACGAGCAGACUUCACGCACGCUCACCCUCAUAGCCAAAGUGCUGCAGAACCUCGCUAACUUCUCCAAGUUUGGCAGUAAAGAGGAGUAUAUGUGCUUCAUGAAUGAGUUCUUAGAGAUGGAGUGGGGCUCCAUGCAGCAGUUCCUGUAUGAGAUCUCCAAUCUAGACAGCAUAAGCAAUGCCGGGGCUUUUGAGGGAUACAUUGACCUGGGAAGAGAGCUUUCUGUACUGCACAGCCUCCUGUGGGAGGUCAUGGCUCAACUCAGUAAGGAUGCCAUUAUCAAACUCGGACCAUUACCCCGCCUCCUGAAUGACAUCAGCAUGGCCCUUCGCAAUCCUCAUCUCCAAAGGCAGCCCAGUCACCAGACAGACAGACAGCCGCCGGAAAGACAGACAGACCGGUUACUCUCUCGACCCAGCUUCAACAGGGGAAUAUCCUCCGAGUUUCAGAACCUCAUGAUGAGGGACCUUAACAGUUCCAUAGAUAUCACUCGCUUACCUUCCCCAACCUCCGCCAUGCCCAGUGAUGUUUUCUAUGUCACCCGUCCCCCGCUGGCCCGGUCCAGUCCUGCGUACUGUACGAGCAGCUCCGAUAUCACCGACCCAGACCCAAAGGUUCUGUCCGUUAAUGAACGUAUUUCUAUGAUGGACCUCCAGGACUCAAGAAUGAACAGCGUCUCUAACCUGCAGUCUGUGGGGGACAUGCUCAACUCUCCCCAGGCCUCACUUGCCGGGUUCGGUGGCCUUGGUGGUGCUGGAGGAGGCCUCGGAGGUCAGCUGCGUGCCGGCGGAGGGCGGAUGUCAGCCGGUUCGGGUGGCUCCAGUGUGUCCGGCGGCCUGCGACUAAGCCAGCUGAGCCAGAUGGGGACCACUACCGACUCGCUGUCCCAGCAGCAGCAGCAGCAGGCCGCGGCUCUCCGUUACCCGCUCUCCUUCCAGAACCCUCUCUUCCACAUGGCUGCCGACGGUCCUCAAGUCCAGCGCCAGCACAGUCGUGCUCAGGUGCCUCCACCCCUCUUGCUGGCUCCGGAGCCAGACUCCUCCCACCCAGCAUACUUGCCGCAGUUCGCCCGCGGCGCCUUCUCCCGCAGCGAAGACCUCUCCACGCUCAGACCCGGACCACACCUCGGCCAGCCCAGCAUCGUCCACUCCCACAGCUACAGUGACGAAUACAGCCGGGGAGACUACGCCCGACGGCAACUCUCUAUGCACAUGCAGGAAAACCUCCAGCAGCAGCAGAUGAUGGGCAUGGCCUCACAGACAGGCACGUCUCAUUCCUCGCUCGCCUCGCCUCCCACCACUGUCCAGCCUGUCCGUCAGAGCUCCAUGGCUCCGCCUCCCACACAGCGCAUGAAGUCUCAAACCUCCCAUCAGCUUUCUGUGAGCUCGGCUGCCGUUGCCACGCCCCCUAGCAAGACGAGGCCUCCGAGCGGAAAUCUGCUCCAGUCUCCUGAGUCGGGUUUCGGGGGGAGGCAGCCGGGCCCACGGCAGCAGCUCUCCGUCAAGGAUAACACCGCCCCCGGCCUUCCUCAUCAGCACAGCUCCACCCGCGAGAGCCAGGGAUCUCAGGGUUCUCAAGGGGGAACACCACAGUCGACGCAGCAGUCGCACAAGGAGCGACAACACUCACAGCAACAUUUACUCAAGCCUUCCAUCAGCAAACAGGGCUCAUCUCCCAACACUUUGAACCCUCCCACCCCUGCCUCAGAAAGGACAGUCGCCUGGGUGUCGAACAUGCCACACCUUUCCGCUGACAUCGAGAGCUCACGCAUCGAGAGAGAAGAAUUUAAGCUGAAGGAGUACUCAAAAAGCAUGGACGAGUCACGUUUAGACCGGGUACGGGAGUACGAGGAGGAGAUCCAUUCUCUGAAGGAGCGUCUGAUGAUGUCCCACCGCAAGCUGGAGGAGUACGAGCGGAGGCUAGUCACUCAGGAGCAACAGACCAACAAGAUCCUGCUGCAGUACCAGAGCCGGCUGGAGGACAGCGAGAGGAGGCUGAGGCAACAGCAGAUGGAGAAGGACUCCCAGAUUAAAGGAAUAAUCGACAGACUCAUGGCGGUGGAGGACGAGCUGAGGGUAGGGGUAGCACCAGAGCACAAAGCCAGGAUGUUUGCAGAUCAGGGGAGGCGGCAAUCCAUCCUAGUGCAGCCCCGUCUCGCGCCCGUCCCUCCUCGAAUGCACAGAUUUUUAAUCCCUCCCUCAUCCCUCUCUCUCCUUCUCUCUUUCUCUCUCUCUCUCUCUUUCCUUCUCUCUCUUUCUACGUGCCUUUUCAUUUCUCCCUUCUGGAGCAUUUUUAUGGAUGUUUCCCAUACCUCGGCCGUGUAACUCAUUCUCCUCUUUUUUCCCUUCCCGCUACUUCUCCCAUCCCUUGUGACCUGUCCAUCCCACCUUUUCUUUUCUUCUUCCCUCUCUCCUUCUGUCUUCUUUGGUUCUGAACCUUUGUACCACUGUAUCCUUUUUUCCCCUGUUCCCUGUGUUAUGUUUUCAUUCUUCCUUCUAUCUUUUCUUCAUCCGCCUUCUGUCCUUCAAAUGCUCCUUGUGUCCUUUCUUUCCUCUAUUUUCUCUCCCUCCCCCUCCCCUUCUUUCUUUCUCUUUGUCUUGCUAGGAAGAGCAGCUUCCCUCCCUGGGUUCUCCAGACCCCGGUGUGAGUG